CGCAGAAUUGGAUAUAAUAUUGGAACACAGCCCAGUAGUACACAUGUGAUCGUCGAAACAGUUUUACGCAUUGUAAACAAAAAAACAAUAACAGACAAUAACAAGUUUUUGUGCUUUACAGGCCUGUUCCGUAUAGUAGUGGUAUUUUUAGUCUGUUUUUAAAACCCAUCCUCCAUUAUAUUGUCAUUGCAUAGCUGUGUGAUUUUCUCUGUCAAAAAGUCUAGAACCGAGUCUAGAACAGACAUUAUUUAUACAACACGAUGCGGAUGGUGCCGGAUACGAUAAGACAAAAUCUGCGUUUGAUUCUCGAGAAAUAUUGACAUUCGAACGAGUCCAAGUAAAUCAAAGUUACAGCCUCGAUAGGAACACUAUAACAUCGUGCAAGAGUCAUGAGCAGCUGAUAACAGGUAGCUUUAUCUUAUCUGAACGAACGAUCGUCGGCCGUGUACAGGUGAUUACAACGUCAGUUUCGUGAGUGAACUUUCGAUGAGUAUGUUGCACUCUUUGAACGCGUUAGCUGGCAAAUUAUCCCCAGGAGCCAACGGUGCACAGGGCAGUCCACAAUCAUCAGUUUUGGACACGAACGCCAAUCGGGUACAUCCGUAUCUGAAACAGACCAACCCGUCAAGCUCAAAUAGCUCAAUAGCGAUGAACAACAACAACACCACUCAAACGAAUAACAAUAACAAUAGUAACAACAAUAACAACAUCCUCGAGUCGCGAGCCAACUCCAAGCUGCAGGAACAGCAGGAACAACCCGAUCCGGACACCAUCAAGAUGUUCGUCGGGCAAGUACCGCGAUCGAUGGACGAAAACGAUCUGCGAACCAUGUUCGAAAAGUACGGACGAGUGCAUUCCAUCAACGUACUCAGAGACAAAGCGACGGGCGCUAGCAAGGGUUGCUGUUUCGUCACUUUCUUCACAAGGAAGGCGGCCCUUUUGGCUCAGGACGCGUUGCAUAAUGUAAAGACCUUAAACGGGAUGCACCACCCCAUUCAAAUGAAACCGGCCGACAGCGAGAACAGAAAUGAGAGGAAACUGUUCGUCGGUAUGCUAAGCAAGAAGUUCUGCGAGAACGACGUGCGCGCCCUCUUCAGCGGCAUGGGCGUGAUCGAGGAAUGUACUGUGUUGCGCGACACGUCGGGCAAUUCUCGCGGGUGCGCGUUCGUAACGUUUUCGACGAAACAAGCCGCCCUAUUGGCAAUCAAAAACCUCCACCAGUCCCAAACGAUGGAAGGAUGUUCGGCGCCUCUCGUCGUCAAAUUCGCGGACACCCAGAAGGAAAAGGAAAUGAAGAGGCAACAGCAAAUGCAGGCGAACGUGUGGAACGCUUUGGCGGCGCCGACCUUAACGUCGCCGCCGCAACAAUUCAGUCCGGUGUUGCCGUCGGAAGCGACGUCGCUGCAACUGCUUCAAGCGAUGGGCGGUUCCGCGUUGCUUCAGCAACAGUUGCUAACCAGCUCGACCGACAGCUUGCUCGCACCGAUAGGAAUGCAAAAUUUAGUAACUUUGGCGGCGAUGUCGCAGCCGGCGACCGCCGCGACUGCGCCGCUGUGCAUGGCGAACAUUUUGGGUAAAAGCGCGAGUGUAGACAGGACAUUAUCCGCGGGCGGUCUGCCCACCAGCAUUUCGACAUCGCCGGAUCUUUCUCCUUACGGUUCCCUGAUCGCGAAUGCUACGAUGAACGCGGCCGCCAUCGCCGCCGCCGGUAAGCAGAUCGAAGGUCCAGAAGGUUGUAACCUUUUUAUUUACCACUUACCGCAAGAAUUUACCGACACCGAUUUGGCAUCUACCUUCCUCCCGUUCGGUCCUGUGAUAUCAGCCAAGGUGUUCAUAGACAAACAGACGAAUCUGUCGAAAUGUUUCGGUUUCGUGUCAUUCGAUAACGCAUCGUCCGCUCAACAGGCCAUCGCAGCGAUGAACGGUUUCCAAAUAGGCACAAAACGUCUGAAGGUGCAACUGAAGCGCGCCAAAGAGGCCUCCAAACCGUACUAACCAAAGAGAAGUAAGCCAGUCAACCCCAAAAAUUAGUUUUUGUACUUUUCCUUGUACAAAGAAGCACCAUUGCCAGUGCAGUGUGCCCAUCUCAGGAUUUAGCUGCUAUUUUUACGAACUGUGAGAUAUUUUUACUAGUUAACUGCGGCCGUAACCGAGACCGCUUGUAAAAUAAUAAAUCAAUUUAUUGUAUAUGGUCAUAAGUUUUACUGGGAACCAGUAGAGUACAUAGUCCAUUUUUGUGGGGGGAAUUUUCGCUCUUGUACUUCAAUCUCAUCCGUUUUACCUUAAAUCGUUUUAUGUUUUCUCCAUCACCCAUUUUUUAAUAGGCUUAAUAGACUCACGCGAAACUACUCGGCGUUAUCAAAAUUCGGAAGUAUUGGGUUGCAUCGCUUCUACUAGUUUACAAGAAACGAGAUUCUGUGUGAAACUAAUAAACAGACAUGCGGCUCAAUAGAUUUAAAGUAAACUGAACUAGGACUGAUCUUCAAGUUGAAUGUGUUGGUAGUAGGUACCACCGUUUUGUGUUUUUAAAGUCUAAUACGCCUAUUAAGAAUAGAAAAGGUCUUGUUUAAUAUUACCGGCAACUCUUGUAGCAAACUUGUUAUUGUUUCGAGGUGAGAUUGUUGUGCGUGGUCUGACGUAAAAAAAUUAUCAUCAUCCGUAUUGGUUCAAUUUUUGGCUGUAUUAGAAUUACUGACGAGGAUGUUUCACUAAUAAAUGUUAUGUUGGGUUCAAUGUUUUUUCGUUCUCGGGGGUAUUUUUCUUUUGAUUUAUUUGUAAAAGUUGUUUCCGUUUCCGUGGCAUAAGCGCGUAGGCAUCCUCUGUUGUUUUUUAGUUUUUCUUUUAUUCCUAUAAGCCAUAGUUUUCUUUGUAAUUGUUGAGUGACUUAUUAUGUUUUAUUUUCGGUCUUUACAUUAUAUUAUACUACCUUAUAUACAUACAUAUUGAGCAUGUAUUUUGAUUGAAAUGUACCUUUUAUUUUCUAUUGUUAUUAAACCAAAGUUAUUAGACCAAA